AUGAUCGCCAGCGUCUUCUUCAUCUUCAAUCGCCUGGUCGAGAUCGUCUUCCUGAUCCCGAUCAUUGGCAUGCUGGCCUACUUCGUCAAUGGCUACAUCAAAGCAAACAUGCUGACCCCCUCCUACAUCCUGGUCCUCUUCAUCGUCAGCACAAUCGCCAUCUUCUGGGCCCUCGAUACCCUAAUCCGCCUCUCAACAACAAAGCGCUCCGCAAUCUUCGUCGCCUUCAUCGACCUCUGCUUCUUCGGCGCUUUCGUCGCAGGAGUCUACCAGCUCCGCUUCAUCGCAAACGCAGACUGCGCAAGCUGGCGCGGCGGCUCCGUCUGGAUCUCACUGGGCCCAUUCGGCUCUUACGGCCGACAAACCGGUGACCCGCUCUCGCUGGAUGUUAAUAAAACAUGCGCUAUGCUGAAGGCUUCGUUCGCAAUCGGUAUCAUGGAGUGUGUCUUUUUCUUCUGGACGGCGUUUAUUGCUAUGUGGUUGCAUCGCACCCAUCAUGAGGUCGUUGUUAAGGAGACUACGGUUCGACGACGCAGUCAUUCGAGUCGUCGUCAUGGGUCUGGUUCGCAUCACUCGCGUCAUCGCAGCUCCAGUCGUAGCAGACCUGCGCAUUAUGUUGUUUGA